AGGAGAAGGGAUCCUCUUUGACGUCAAGCGACCAUAAUAUAAUGAUCGCUCGUUCAUAUCCGGGUCCCCGGGAGGCUCCCCCGGGCCGCGCUCGGCUGCGCGCCUCCGCGGAGUAAGGCGGUAGGCGGACAGGACAAGGCAGGGCAAGGCAGGGCAGAGGGCAGGGCGGCCGCUCGGAGGUGGCCGGCGGCGGCGGCAGAGGCAGCGGGGCGGCGAGCGCAGCAUGCCCGCCGCCUCAGACGCGCCUGCCUCCUGCCGCCGCUGCCCAUGGAGAUCGCGUUGGUGACUCUGGAGAACGGCGGCGCCACGGCCAUCGUGGGCGGCGAGGAUGCCGCGGCCGGCGGCAGCAGCGGCAGCAGCGGCAGCGUCCGAGCCCGGCGGAGGGGCGACUUGCUCCACAUUGCGGGCUCCGCCGGGCCACGGGUGAGCGACGGCAUGGAGGGCGUCCCGUCGUCAUCGCCGCCGUCUCCUCCACCACCGGCAGACGAGGACCAGGACCGGGAGCAGCCACCACCGGCUCCCCGGGAAGGCGGCGAGAGGCGCGGCAGCUGCAGCGCGGGCAGCCCUAAGGACCAGGAGGCAGCGUGCGGAGUCCCCCAGCCGCCCCCUCAACAACCGCCGCCCCAGCUGCCGCCCCGACAACCGCCGCCCAAACCACCACCCCGCGCCCCGCGCCCCGCCGCGGCGCUGGACAUGGGCCCUGCCGAGGAAGGGGGGCACCGCCGAGGCAUGGCCAUGGCGGCAGCAGGCGAGGAGGAGGAUGAGGCGGCGGCGACGAACCGCGGUGCCAUGCACCACCAGCGGGUGUUGAUCAACAUCUCCGGGCUGCGCUUCGAGACCCAGCUGGGCACCCUCAACCAGUUCCCUGACACGCUGCUGGGGGACCCAGACAAGCGCAUGCGCUACUUCGACCCGCUCCGCAACGAGUACUUCUUCGACCGCAACCGGCCCAGCUUCGACGGCAUCCUCUACUUCUACCAGUCCGGCGGCAAGCUCCGGCGACCUGUCAACGUCUCCAUUGAUGUGUUCACCGAUGAGAUCCGUUUCUAUCAGUUGGGCGAGGAGGCCAUGGAGCGCUUCCGGGAGGAUGAGGGCUUCAUCAAAGAGGAGGAGAAGCCCCUGCCCCGCAAUGAGUUCCAGCGCCAGGUCUGGCUCAUCUUCGAGUAUCCUGAGAGCUCCAGUUCAGCCCGGGCCAUCGCCAUCGUCUCCGUGCUGGUCAUCCUCAUCUCUAUCAUCACCUUCUGCUUGGAGACCCUGCCGGAAUUCAGGGAUGAGAGGGAGAUGCCCGUGCCCUUGCCCACACAAAGCGGAGGUUUGAAUGGCACGGCCGGGAGCUCUGCACCCAUGAAGCCACCCAGUAGCCUCGCUGACCCCUUCUUCAUCAUUGAGACCACCUGCGUGAUCUGGUUCACCUUCGAGCUCCUCGUCCGCUUCUUCGCCUGCCCCAGCAAGCCCGAGUUCUCGCGCAACAUCAUGAACAUCAUUGACAUUGUGGCCAUCAUCCCCUACUUCAUCACCCUGGGCACCGAGCUGGCCCAUGAGCAGCAGCAGCCUGGGGCUGGCAGUAGCAAUGGGGGUGGGGGCCAGCAGCAAGCCAUGUCCCUGGCCAUCCUCAGAGUCAUCCGCCUGGUCAGGGUCUUCAGGAUCUUCAAGCUCUCCAGGCACUCCAAGGGGCUGCAGAUCUUGGGACAGACUUUGAAAGCUAGCAUGAGGGAGCUGGGCCUCCUCAUCUUCUUCCUCUUCAUUGGGGUGAUCCUCUUCUCCAGUGCUGUCUACUUUGCUGAGGCAGAUGACCCCGAGUCUCAUUUCUCCAGCAUCCCUGACGCUUUCUGGUGGGCAGUGGUGACCAUGACCACCGUGGGCUACGGGGAUAUGCGACCUGUCACCGUGGGGGGCAAGAUUGUGGGUUCCCUGUGUGCCAUCGCCGGUGUCCUCACCAUCGCCCUGCCUGUCCCUGUCAUCGUGUCCAACUUCAACUACUUCUACCACCGAGAGACUGACCACGAAGAGCAAGCUAUGCUCAAAGACGAACACAGCAGCGCUCAGGGCAGCACAGCAGGCGGAGAUGCAAAGAGAAAAUCCAGUAGAAACUCUCUGAACAAAUCUGUUGUGCACUUGGAAAACAGUGAGGGGCUCAACAACGACACCAGCUCCUUAGAGAAAGCCAAUAUCAAAGCGAAAAGUAACGUAGACCUCAGAAAAUCCCUCUAUGCUCUCUGCCUGGACACCAACAGGGAAACAGACUUGUAAGGAGAGGAGAGAGCUGGAGUUGAGAGAUGCAGAGAGGAUUUGCUGGUGUCAGAAACUUCCUACUAGAGUUAUUAUUUUGGUACCAGUUAGUUUUGGUUUGGGGCUUGGUUUGUUGUGUUUCAAGUCAGGCUGUAUUUUAUAAACCCAUCACUGGCCUGAGCAGCCCUUCAGGAGUCGGUGUUUUUAUGUUCUCUUUUUGCUUUGUUUUGGUUUGGUUUGUUUUCCAUGACACAAAGGGUCACCUAUUUUUAAAGUAGACUAAGAAUAAGCCACGCUCCCUGAUGCAGGAGCUGGUAAACUGUGACAGUGCAAAACCUAGUCUGUAGAAAACGUGGUUUAGCAAAGGGUUGUUGCUUUUUCAGCGGGUCCUUUGUAACCAGUUCGGUUGCUCCCAGGUUUAGUGUGAAAGAGCUGGGGGGUUGGGGAGGGAUGUGUGUGUGGAGAAUGAAUGGAUCUGGGGGGAGGGAAAAGUGUGUGUGUGUGUGUGGAGGUUGAGAUUCUU